UCCAUUUUUAGUUUGCGAAGAGCUGAUUUUGCUUUUCUGUUUGGUGAGGCAUCUGUCCGUGUAUCCGCAGCCACGGAUUUAUUAUUGUAAUAAGUUCUCGAGUAGUUUUAUUGAAAUCUACUUUUUUUCGUUACUAUAAUGUUGGCCAAAACAUUGUUGGGAGUGUGCGCUGUAGCGGCUCUCUCUCUACAUGGCAGCAGCGCUCAAAGAAAUUAUAGUUCUUCCUAUGUGCAGUCCAAUUACCGCAAUACCGACCGCAGCUACCACAAGAAGUGUGGCUUUCCCAACGCCAUUCCUCCGUGGGAAAGCCAUAAACCGGAAGAUGUAUGUAACAGGAAAUCUACAAAAUUUCUCCUACACUUAUUAUGCAGUACAUGGACUGUGGUAUAUCUAUCGGCAGUAUUUAUCCUCGGACGACACAAAUACUCUCAACAAUAUCUUUGGCGUUUAUGGACUGAAUGCCACCGCUGUACCGUUGACGAAUAUCUUUGCCGAAAAUCAAUGGUUGCCCAGCUCGUAUUAUUCUUCGACGGAUGGCGGCAACACGUAUACAUGUCAGUACGACCACUGGAUCGGCAGUGUGGGACGGGAUGGUAGUCAGAUUGGGAUCGACUAUAAUUCGGAAACCAAUCCGGCAUAUGCUCCCAAUCCGCAAAGCACCAUGGCGAUAAAGUACGAUUACCGGAAGUACUCCAUCGACUAUGGCUGCAGCAGUCCCAAUCUGAAGACGGGAAUCUGCGCCUCCCCGAUCGUUUACGUCAGCACCCGCGUACGCCCGACCCAGUUGUCGUACCACGAGAAGAUGGAGACUGACCGGGUGGUGGACGCCGUGUUUGCGCCCUACUGCCGGUCAGCCGACGAUAUCCCGCUGCAGCAGUACGACGACAACAAGCCCGACUGUAGUUUACCGCUGCAGCCGCAAGACUGUGCAAAUUCGACGCUGCAAGUCAUGGGUAUCGAUACUGAUAUCUUCGUCGGUCUAACUAGGGUUGAAAUUCCAACGGCUUUUGGCCGUUUUUGAAAUGAUUUGCAAUGAAAUUGAUCUGAAGCUUGAAAUGUGAAAUGGUUGAAAUUGUGAUUUCAACCCUAUCUAACUUCAGAGGAUUCGUGGUCCAGCAUCAGAUCUGAGUAUCUGACCAUAUCUCAGAUCAUGCUUUUCGGAUACUGAUUGAUAAAAUUUAUUUUUUUCACGGUAUUCGUAAAUUUAUUUCUCGCCAUGAUCUACAGGAAGCAUUUCAAAUUGUGUUUUUCCACAUCACGGCUUA